GAGAAGGCAAAACUCCUCAGAAGUCAGCCUGCUCAAAUUGUGGAACCCAAAGGUCUUCUGUACGUCCAGCAGAGAGAGUUUGCGGUAACUACCCCUAAGGAUGGUUCUGUUUCCAUUCUUGGGUCAGAUGAUGCAACUACCUGCCACAUAGUUGUGCUCCGACACACAGGCAGUGGAGCCACCUGCUUGACACACUGCGACGGGUCGGACACAGAGGCGGAGGUGUCGCUCAUCGUGAGUUCAGUAAAAUCUUUCUCUAACACCCCCGGAUGCGGAAGGCUGGAAGUGCACCUAGUUGGAGGUUUCAAUGAUGAUAGGCAGUUAUCACAAAAACUUACUAAUCAGCUUCUUAGAGCGUUCGAUCUCCAACCAGAUGACGUUCAUUUAGUGACUUUCUGCGUAACAGAACUAAACGACAGAGAAGAAGAGGAUGUUCACUUCCCAAUCAUCUACGGAAUAGCUGUGAAUGUCAAAACAGCAGAGAUUUUUCCUGCAACCUUCCCAGAAAAAGGGCCGGACGAGGAUUUGCGUUCAGCCCAUGUUUUAACAGGAGCAACGCUGACUAACAUUUACGAUGCAAAGAUGGAACAACUACAUAUUGGGCCUUACUUCUGGAGGCCUUUCCCCCACGUGGAUUUCUGGUUGGAACAAGAUGAUAAACAGAUUUUACAGAAUCUUUCCACAUCGCCCCUGGCUGAGCCACCCCAUUUUGUUUCCCACAUUAGAUCUACAUUAACGUUUUUAAAAGAACAUCCCUUUCCAUCUCGCUCCCUGUUUCCUGACAGGAAACCUCGCAUCUACAAAAAAAAUGAAGAAGGGCUGUGGGAACAGGUUUGUUCAGACAAGAUCUAAACUGGAACCAAACACCACACCUGCUUUAGGGAUGUACAGUCUUGCAAGAAGAGCAGUUUGUUGCAAAAAGCAUAGUGCUGGUUACAAAACCCAUUGUUCCUGUGCUUUUCAAAAUAAAAUAUUUUGACAGAAG